AUGCCUUUCCCCAAGAAAUGGAUUCCGAUAAUGAGUUUCUUGACUGUAGCAUUUAUUGUCUGGCUGGUUAAGCCGCUCCUUCCUAACACCACUGCUGGCAGUAAUGCGACCGAGGUAGCACCAGCGAAGGCCGCAGAAAUUACAGAAGUGGAACCUUACCAAAGCGAAGCAGAGAGGCAGAAGAACCUGCGAGUACAGAUCUUUGGACCAGGGACUCCCCAGCCGGUCGGAUACCAAUACACGAAAACGCUGGUUGUUCCGAAGACAUCGGAAGAGGAUACUGCUUGGAUCACCGAGAACUUCGGCGAGAGCGACACGAUUAAACAUGCGAUAUAUACGGUGGAUGACUUGAAUUCACCACUACACCCGCCGAAGAACAAGGGCCAUGAAGUAAUGGUGUAUCUUUCUUACAUUAUCGACCAUUACAACAACCUUACCGACGUCAAUAUAUUUAUGCAUUCCCAUCGAUAUGCAUGGCAUAACAACGAGCUCCUGGAUCUGGACGCGGUGCAGAUGGUAUCGAGGUUAUCAGCAGAGAGAGUACAAAGGGAGGGAUAUAUGAAUAUGCGAUGUGCUUGGGAGCCUGGAUGUCCAAGUUGGAUGCAUCCUGGAACCAUCGAAGAGGAUGUCAAUAAGCAGGAGGAAACAAUGCUAGCAAAAUCAUGGUCUGAACUCUUUCCUCUCGACCCGAUACCUUAUACAUUAGCGCAACCUUGUUGUGCACAAUUCGCCAUUUCCAGAGAGCGGAUUCGGAGUCUGCCACUGGCAAGAUACGUAUAUUAUCGAGAUUGGCUGUUGAGAACAAGUCUGUCUGAUUACAUUAGUGGGCGAAUUUGGGAGUAUGUCUGGCAAUUCGUCUUCACAGGCCAGAACAUUGUUUGUCCCGCAGAACAUGUCUGUUUGUGUGAUGGGUUCGGUGUCUGUUUCGGAGGCCAGGAGGAGUUUAAUCAUUAUGUCCAGAAAAACACGGAACGCGUCCAGGCAGAAGAGGAGUUGCAAAAAUGGAUCCAGGAUAAGGACACUUGGGGUUCUUACUCAGAGCAAAAUACACCAGAGGACGAGCGAGUUCUGAAGGAGCCUCCUGAAAUUGGCAAAGAUCUGGAGCUUAGGGGCAGAAUUGACGCACUGACAGCAUGGUGUGAAGCCAAGAAACAGAAGGCCAAAGAGCAUGGAGAUGUGGCUAUGAACAGAGCUAAAGAGGCAGGUAGGCCGUGGAAAGAUGGAGACGGUUUUUGA